CCAUCCUACUCGAACUUUCUUGGUUCUUCCAUCUCAUCUCCAGAACGGCUAUGGAAACCGACACCGCCACCUCGCCAGAGCUAGCUCUUUCCGACACCGAUAUAUGUUGGGAUAGGUGCUUUUUCCUUUUCAUAAUCAAUUCCCCCACCCCGGCCUUUUAUAUUAUGGGAUUUAUGGUGUAAUUAAACUGUGAACAACUCCACUAGCUUUUUCGUAUUCCAUGUGACAUGCGUUUGAACCUGAUAUGCUUUUUCUUGUUCUCGCAACACUGUUAACUUCAUUUUGCAUCCAGUAUUGGUUUGUUAUUCUUAACAAAACAUAUAUUUGGCAUUUUUUUUUUAAAAAAAAGUAUAGCGAAAUGGUUUCCAAGGAAUGAUAUAGAUACGUAUAUAGCAAUUAAUUUGCGUUUUACAUGACAUUCUAUCCAUUGAAAACUGCAUAAAGACUCGUGUCCGCAUGUUGCUACUGGUGCAAUUUUAUAUUGCCGGCCCAGGGUUGUGAUAUGUUUUGUUCAAUUAGUAGCUCCCAGGUUAAUUUGCAGGUAUACUGAAACGGUUCACUAAUGUCAAGAUUAGACAAGGGAAGGUUUCACAUCACUGGAGCUAUUCUCUUCACUGCUCAGUCAGCUUUAAUACAUCCAACUGCAGUCGUGAAGACAAGGAUGCAAGUGGCGGCAGCGAGUUCUGGAUUCUCACAUAUGACAGGACUAUCUGUUUUUAAGCAUAUACUAAAAAAUGACGGUAUUCCUGGCAUAUUUAGAGGCUUUGGCACAUCAGCAAUUGGAUCAUUGCCUGGCCGUGUGCUGGCUUUGACUUCACUUGAGGUAUCCAAAGAUAUGAUGCUCAAACACACACAAGGUAUAGAUAUGCCAGAAGCAACUCGUGUUGGCAUUGCAAAUGGUGUUGCAGGGAUGGUGUCCAACCUAAUUUCAUGUGUAUACUUUGUGCCUCUGGAUGUGAUUUGCCAGAGACUGAUGGUUCAAGGGGUUCCUGGAAGUAAACUUUGCAAUGGCACAUUUGAUGUCAUACGUACAGUAAUGAAGGAUGAGGGUGUCCGCGGCAUGUAUAGAGGUUUCGGGUUAACGGCUGUUUAUCAAUCCCCGGCUUCUGCACUGUGGUGGGGUGCUUAUGCUACUGCUCAGCAUAUCAUUUGGAGGAGUCUGGAUUAUAGUGAUGAUAUGGGAAAGAAACCAUCUCAUAUGGAGAUGGUUACAGUCCAAGCUACGGCUGGAAUGUUGGCUGGUGCUUGUUCUUCGGUUGUUACUACUCCAAUAGACACUGUGAAAACACGGCUCCAGGUUAUGGACGAGUAUGGGGUUGGGAGACCGUCAGUAAUGAAGACGACAAAGAUACUCCUCCAAGAAGAGGGAUGGAGAGGGUUCUACAGAGGCUUUGGACCAAGGUUCCUUAAUAUGUCUUUCUAUGGAGUUACAAUGAUCGUAACUUACGAGCUUAUAAAGAGAUUAUCAGUGAAGCAGACGUGAGUACAUGCAUGGAAUGGAAGGACAGCGUGACGUAAAAGAUGAGAAUUGAAGAAUGCCAUAUGAUCAAGGAAUUAAAGACGUCUCACAAUGAAAAUACAUGUUAGGUACUCAAACCUAAUGAAAGAGUUCAUUACAAUAGAAUAGGUAAUUUAAUCUUAAAUAUUGUACCAUUUAAUAAUAUAGAGUUCAUAUAAGAUCAUAUCAAGUUUGGUUAUCCAACCUCUUUAGUCAUCGAUUAGUCCUGUUUGGUAACUGUUAGAUGUUGUAACAUUAGCUAGAAAGGUGUUUGGGGUGUUAAGCAUCGAUUAGUCCUGUUUGGUAACUGUUAGAUGUUGUUGUAACAUUAGCUAGAAGGCAAAAACUUGUGUGAGAUCGUCUCACGGAUCUCAAUCUGUGAGACGGGUCGGAUUAUUUAUUAAAUGGGUCAACAUGUGCAUCUCACGCCCUCCCUUUAUCA